UCAGUUUGUAACAUUAAAGUUCCUUCAAGUACUCAUGACUGGACAUCGUUAUGUCACCGGCGAGGUCAUUACAGUAUGUUCAGAUCUGGUUGCAAGAAGCCUUGCCAUUCUAACCCACGUGGCUAAAAAAUAGUUUCAUAUUCAUUUCAAUAUAACUGCCAACACGUGAGGGAAUCCCCAGAUUGACAACAGCAGUGUUCAUAAUGCUGUUGCGCCCAAAAUAAUGCAAGCGACAAGUCUCUGCAUGUCAUACAUGGUUGCUGAGAUUUCAUGAAAGAUUCCCCCCUGGACCAAGCCUCGUCUUGUUUGUGGGCGUGGACAAGGAGAAAUGUAAAACUCUAUUGUAGAAGUGAAAUCUCAGACCAUGCAGACCUGGAAUUUGGGAAGGGGAAGGCUAUUCAAGCAGGCUCAGUCAACUGGACUAAUCCCUCCGAAAAGUUCAGGUAGCCGAGUUAUUUGCAAGACGUUUUAUUGAUUUAAUUUUUGUUUUCAUAUUCCACGAUGCAAGGAUUAGGACUCAAGAAAAGGGAAUAUCCCCUCAGGAUGGACAUAGUCACCGAAGAGCUGCCACAGCUGAGCAACGAGAUGCAGUUGAGCAUCAUGAACAAGGUGAAGAAUGGUGAGCUGUCCAUCGAAGACGCUCUGCACCAGGCCGAGAGAGAGAGGAAGCAGUUGCUCCAGCAAAUGGACGAGGCUGAGGAGGUGAAGCCACAGUCACAAUACAACUUCAGCGUUCACAAACAUGGCCGUUACAGAUGGCAGAAGCGAGUCCUCCAGAUUGACUUCAAGACCCAGAUGGUGUGCAGCAUAGAGAAAGGCAUCGUCAACCGGCAGCUCCCCUUCUCGCGGGUGAAGAACUGCGAUGACGGCGCGGGCUCCAGGUUCUCCAUCUCCUUCCGAGAUCACCAUGACUACGAGCUGGAGGCCACGUCACUGGAGGACAAGCACAAGAUGAUGCAGCUUGUGAAUCAGAUUAUCUAUGGAAACAUCUACUGUCCCCCCGUGGAGGUGAUGUCAGAAGCCCACCCACAGUCUCCGACACCCUCCAAAUGCAUUCUGGAGGGGGUCCUGCUCCUUCACAGGGGAGGCCUGGCAUCAUUCAAAUGGGUGAAGUAUGAAGCCCAGCUCCACCCGGGUCAGCUCAUCCUGCUGCCCGCGGGACGUCCUGCAGUGCUGCCCCAAGGAGAGUCCACCCCCACCUUCAACAACUCCAAGGUCCUCCACCUGUCGGACGGAGACACACGCGUGGAGCGAAGCCACAGCCUUGACACUUUCACACUGAUCACACACAAGAAUGAGUAUCAAUUCCGUGUGCCCAUCACAGCCAUGACCAUGGGUCCCAUGUCCAUUGUGCAGUCAAGGGACGCCUGGGUCCAGGCCGUGGGCAGGCUCUGUAAGGACUGGAGGAGGAAGUCCCAGUUGUUUUACACUCCAGACUCCCUGACUCAGGGAGUCUGGCCCCAAGUGGCCACGGGUCUCUUGGAGUCUGGCAGCGAGCGCUGUCGUCAAGAGGCGGGAGAUGCGGACCACGGCUACCCUCCAGCCGUCUAUGAGGCUGCAGAUCUUAGCGAUGAGGACACAUCUGGCGUAGGCAGUGGUGGUGGCGGAGGUGGCGGCGGUCUUCCAGCAGCCGUCGUGAAGAGUGGGUAUGGGGACGAUUCGCCGGCCGAACACACCAAACCCACCACUACACCGAGCAGCAUCUCGAUGCCUGCAGCUCCUGAGACGGAGACCGUACCCACGGACCUCAACCCUCACCCAGCAUCGCAGGGGGUCGACGAGACGCCCCCCAACUUCCAUGAUCCUGUGUCAGACUCACCUGCUAUCCCUCCUAGCCCCUUACCUACCCCUUCCAGCUGCCCCCUGCUCCCCCUCCGCCCCCUGGCCACCAGUCAGAGGUAA